UGUCAAAGUCGCAUAAACUAAUUAAUUAGAUCAAAUGACAAGAAAAAAGAACAAGCAAAUCCAAAAAUAGAAGAAGAAAGAAGAGAAAUGAGCAACAAGGGAGAAAAGAAAAAAAGAAUGAGUACAUUGAAGUUUUACACUUUAAGAUUAUAAAAUUAUCUGAAAAAUCCUGACGAGAUGAACCAAAAAACCUAAAGAAAGCUACCAACACAGACCACUUAUAAAAUUCAUUGUAAGACCUAUAUUCUUAGCUUGAAGAAAUUACGAUCCCUUUCUUGUACUGAUUAUUUAUUUUCAAGGGGGCUCACAACAGCUUGGUUCUGGGCUCGGAUUUCUUGAACAUUAGUUGAGAUUCGUCAAUUGGUGGUUGUUUUGGAAAAUUGAGAGAUGGGGGAUCAUUUUGUGUUGCUGGUGAAUCGGCUGUUAACUGAAUCCACAUUAGAAGCUGCAAUUGAGAGCAGAAACCUGUCGAUGCAAGCCACAGCAUCAACAGUUGAUGACACUAAAAUUGAUAAAUCCUCCCAGAAAGUGGAUUUUGGUGAUAUAUCGACUCCAAGGAAAUUGGUGGAGUGCAGGAUAUGCCAGGAUGAGGAUGAUGAUUCCAAUAUGGAGACACCAUGUUCUUGUUGUGGCAGCUUGAAGUAUGUUCAUCGCAGGUGCGUACAGAGGUGGUGUAAUGAGAAGGGUAACACUAUAUGUGAGAUAUGCCACCAGGAGUUCAAACCUGGUUAUACAGCACCAACUCCCUUGUUCCAAAUUGGGUUUCCAGUGAACUUCAGGGGAAAUUGGGAGACUUCCAGAAGGGAGUUAAAUGGUCCUCACUUCAUAGCAGUGGUCUCAACUGAACGUAACUUUUUGAACAAUGACUAUGAUGAGUAUUCAGCGUCAACUACAAGAAAUGCAAUCUACUGUCGGUUAAUUGCUGUAGUUUUCAUGGUUCUUUUAAUUCUAAGGCACUCUCUUCCUCUUGUUCUUAAUGGAACCAACUAUAUCUCAUUCCCGGUAUUUAUGUUGUUAUUUCUACGAACUGCUGGGAUUAUUCUUUCAAUCUAUGUCAUGUUAAAAGCAGUGACUGCUCUCCAGCGUUGCUGCCUCCAUCAGGAGCCUCCAAAUUCGUCAUUUCAUUCAUAUGAUGAAGAUGCUGAGCAUCCAACCCUGCAGCCUCGGCCACAUAUAAUAAAUGUUCAUUAGAAUCUGCCAGAUCUUCAAGUUACUAGUUUGUUUCAAGGUAGAUGGAGAUAAUUUCAUUCUCAAAUGUGAAAAAAAGAUAGAAAAAUCAAGUUUCCAAGGUGCCUUCCUCACGGGGCAAAGUUUAAUGGGUUCUGAUUUCUGAAAGAGCACGGUAUCUUGUUUGUUGACAGUGACAAACAAACGACAGUUCCCUGGAAGACAAUAGUGAUUUAGAUUCCUAGUUUUGCAUUUUCUUUACUUCUCCAUCAUCCAAAUGCUUUGUACAGUUAAAAAAGGUUCCACUGUGUAUACAAACAUUUAUACGAAGAACACAAGCUGACCUAACGAGUGCAAGUCUCUAUCUUUCCAUCCCUA